AUGGUCUCUGGGUGGGACAAUGGUCGUUGGGCAGGACACUUUUUCAGGGUUUUCAGUGGUUGUUUGGCGGAUCCGUCGUACGGCGCUCGAUCCACGAAAACUCUGUCAGAUGACGUGAGACGAUCCGUUUUCGGAGCCCAAUUUCCGCACCAGGUCAGCUUGCAGUUUUUUGGCAGUCAUUUUUGCGGCGGCAGCAUCAUCGCUCCGGACGUCGUUUUGACUGCUGCUCAUUGCAUCGAAGGAUUCUGGGUCAGCUGGGGAGUCGCUAUCGUUGCCGGUAUCAAUGAAUUGAGUGCAUCUGGUUCCCAGUACAGAGAAGUUGGCGAAUGGGAUUACAACAACGGAUUCCCCGGGUCGGGUGUGGAAGACGACAUCGCCUAUAUCCGCCUGAGCUCGCCCUUCAACCUGGACGACGCAUUGCAGCCUGUCAACCUGCCAACACCUGAUCUCACUCCGUCCCUGGAACCCGGUUUGUCUGAUGAAGAUUGCAAGGCUUUGUUUGAUGCCAUCGGAGGACCACCUCAAGGAGCAGAACUUGUGCCUGCAGCUCACUUCUGUGCAUACACUGAGGAUGGAGGAGUGAAUGCCUGCUUUGGUGAUUCCGGUGGCCCACUGGUCUGCGAAGCUAAUGAGGAUGGCCAAAAGUAUUUGUUCGGUGUGGUUUCCUGGGGUUCUCCGACCUGUGGAACCAAGGGUUUCCCUGCAGUCUACACCGACGUGCUGACCUACUUGCCAUGGAUCGCCGAAAAUACCGGGGUCAACUAGGAAAUGAAUGGAAUGCCUUGAAAAAUAAAACGCUGCCAUUCAAAUUCAUCCUUGAUUUGCCGCACUUGAUGUUUAUUUGUUUGUUUUUUUUCAACCGGAAGGAAACGAUUGCAUCUCUGCCCUUGUUCAUAUUGGUGACACAGGGACAACAAUCGUCAGUUGACUGCAAAUCAGUUUUCCAUUUUGGGCACUUUCUGUCUUCACCUUCCUCUUUUGAAGUGAAAAAUACAAUUUUUUUCUGUAUCCGUAA